AUGGGGUGCAAGUCGUGCCAGAAGCCCAAGGCGCAGCACCGCAAGGGGCUGUGGUCGCCGGAGGAGGACCAGAAGCUCCGCGACUACAUCGUCCGCUACGGCCACAGCUGCUGGAGCACCGUCCCCGUCAAGGCCGGGCUUCAGAGAAACGGCAAGAGCUGCAGGCUGCGAUGGAUCAACUACCUGAGGCCGGGGUUGAAGCACGGCAUGUUCUCCCGGGAGGAGGAGGAGACCGUCAUGAGCCUCCACGCCACACUAGGCAACAAGUGGUCUCAGAUAGCGCAGCACCUGCCGGGCCGGACCGACAACGAGGUGAAGAACUACUGGAACUCGUACCUGAAGAAGCGCGUCGAGGGCGCGCGGGCGCCAGCCAAGUCCGCCGGCUCGGACGCGCCCCGGAGCCCGACGCCCAGCGACAGCGGCCGCGAACGCAGCACCGUUAACCAGCCGUCCAACUCCGGCUCGUCCGGCCCGCCCGAGUCGUCGUCGACGGCCGACGACUCGAGCAGCCUCACCGGGCCCGGCGCGGCCGGCUCGAUCCGGCCGCACGCGCCCGUGCUCCCCAAGGUGAUGUUCGCGGACUGGCUCGACAUGGACAUGGACUACGGCGCCGGCCUGAUGGCUCCGAGCGCCCUGGACGCCGCCUUCGACUGCAGCCCGGCGCAGCAGGGCGCGAGCGGGAGCACCACGGUGGACGGUCUUUGCGGCGCCGUGGACUCGUUGCAGGGGCUCGGCGACGGCGGCAUCUGCUGGGAGUUCGAGGCGGACAUGCAGGGCGGAGGAGCAGGGUUCUGCGACCUGCUCUCCAUGAGCGAGUUCCUCGGGAUCAACUAG